UGACAUUGCUGGGAGGAGGGGCUCGAGUGGGAGUGUGUUAUACAACACUUGCAUAAUUGUUAGUCGAAAUACCUUUUUUCAACUAAUUGUGUUCCCCUGUAAAUGACAUAAAGUCUUGCGGACGGCAAUGUUUCGGCGAGCUGUGCAUUGUGCUCUUAGGAGCGCUGUCGGUCUGACAGCUUCGUCAACCCGAUCGUUACAGAAGGCUCGACUGCCGGGUACCUGUGAUUCCAGGCUCCUUUCGGUUUGCACGAGGACAGAUUUGCCUUUCCAUUCACUGCCUCAUCAGUGCAGGGCACUGCAUAACACUAACCAGCUUUUCACAGCAAAAGAAACUACUCAAACAGCAGCAGCAGAAGAAGAAGUGGGGACCUUCACCAAGCUAAUAGAAGCAAUGGGCUUCACAGGACCGCUGAAAUACAACAAAUGGAAAAUUAAGAUUGCUGCUUUGCGCAUGUAUACCUGCUGCGUGGAGAGGAUUAACUACGACGAUUUCUUUGAAAAGUUCUCCCUGCCGGAUACACUGUACUCCUGGUUUCUUGUAGCACAGCUCCAUGUCUGGAUGUGCCUGGUUCGAAUGAGGCAAGAGGGCAGAGCUGGGAAGUAUCUGUGUCGCUACGUCGUGCAUUCCAUGUGGGAGGAUGUGGAGCAGCGUGGCAAGAUCAUGGGGAUUGAAUCCGUUGCCCUGAAGGCGAGCAUGAGGGUAAUGACAGAGAAUUUCUACGCAGCUAUUUUCGGAUUCGAUGAGGGAGUCCUGUCAGAUGACCGUGUCCUGGCUGCAGCACUGUGGAGGAACCUGUUUAACCGGCAGUGUGAAGAUCCCCGUCAGCUGGAGCUCGCUGUGGAAUACGUUCGCAAGCAGAUGCAGUACAUGGAUUCGCUUGAUGGAGAAGACCUGCUGCUCACAGGAGAAGUGAAAUGGCGCCCUCUGGUGGAAGAGAAUGCACAGAGCAUCCUGAAGCCCACAUUGCCCCAGUAUAAUGAUUCCGGUCUCUGAGCU